AUGUAUGUCAUGAUAAUCGAAGUCCGUGACGAUUUGGGAUCCGCCGCUUCCAUCUUCUCUCGUAAACAUCCUCUCUCCUGCUGGCUCUCCUCGAUGCUCAUGUGCUUUGCCGACGCCUUCCUAGCCAACUUCUUGCUCGGAGAACCUGUAAUUGCUCCAUUCAAACGACACGACGACGUCAUCCUGGCCACCAUCGUCUGGUAUCUGGUAUUCUACGCUCCGUUCGAUGGCAUCUACAAAAUCUCAAAAGUCACCCCUGUCAAAUGUGUUCUCGCUGUGAUGAAAGAAGUGAAGAGAGCCUAUAAAGUGUCUCAUGGAGUUUCUCAUGCUGCCAAAUUGUAUCCACAAUCGUAUCUGGUUCAAGUUUUGGUCGGAACUGCAAAGGGUGCCGGAUCGGGAAUCGUCAGAACGCUGGAGCAGUUGGUGCGUGGUGUCUGGUUGCCAACUCAUAAUGAAUUGCUCCGCCCAUCGUUUGCCACCAAGGCUUGUGUCAUUGCGGCGUCCGUGUUGGCUUUGGAGAAGAGUGGAACAUAUUUGACAGCUCCACAUGAUCUCAUCUACUUGGUGAUUGUUGGCUUUUUCGUCUACUUCAAACUCUCCGCCGUGAUUCUCCACGUCACCGAUCCAUUCGGUCCAAUUGAGAAUCUAUUUUGUGCUGUCUUCAUGGGAGGUAUCUGGGAUGCCGUCUCUCGUGCCCUUGCCGCUUCUCGUGAUCGUCGUGCCGCCGGACAUUCGAACGAAAAUGGAUCCUCGAUUUCAGCUGGUGAAAAGAAGGAUCAAUAG